AUGGCAAGUACGCACCGUAUGUGUUGGUAUGUUUCGUUGGCAUCAAUAAUAUGGACGGUUGUAUGGCAUACUUUACCAUUUAUCAUUGAAUUUAGAAGUCGAAAUCGUGUAGACAUAAUAUCCACUAAGGCUCAUGUUAGGAAUGAAAACAACCAGAACGUGGUACCUAUUCUGAGCAAACAGGAGAAAAUAAAUGAAAAAUAUUUGGUAUAUCUGUGCGAUGAGAAGGGAUAUUGUGGUGGCUGGGGUGACAGGCAGAGAGGAAUAGUUUCUUUGUUUUUACUGUCUUUAGUGUGGAAACGAACAUUGAAAAUUUUGAUAUCAUCCCCGUGUGAUAUUAAACCCUAUUAUAAACCUACCAACGAAUAUAAUUGGAUAUUGACAGAAGAAGAGUUGGAAGGAUUAAAGGGUAAAAGAAGCAAAACUCUUCAUUAUAUGAACAAAAAGAAACCUCUGUAUGACAUUAACCUGAACAGCCUAGAGAGUGUGGAGGUCCUAUACAUAAAAAACAAUUAUUUCAACUUUUCACAAAUUGUUCAAAAAUAUGCCAAGGCUUUACCUGCUUAUUUACAAAACAAAGGACGCGCUGGUAUUUUUCGGGAAUCUUGGAACAGAAUCAUGAUUCCAACGGACAAAGUGCUAAGCCAGGUCGUGAAAAUAUGGUCAAGUGGAGUAAUAAACUCAGAUGCGAAAAAAACAAGAAAGGAACUAGUUUGUGCACAUUUACGAACAGCUCUGCCUGAAAAUGUUCACUAUGCUUAUGGUGGAUUUCCUCCUGUGGCUGCUACAAAGUUGUGGAAUUUUAUCGACGAAAAUUUUCAUAGUAAAUCUAGGAUAUUUGUGGCCACAGAUCAUCUCGGUGUUCGAAAUAGUGCUAUUUCUAAAUAUGGUACAAGAUUUAUCGGAAGUUACGCCUCCAACGUGCACCCAGAUUCCAUGCGAUAUAAUUUAACAUUGGCCUGUCGUUCUCAAGAAUCUGCUUAUGUGGAUCAAUUGAUGUUAUCGAAAUGUGAUGUUCUGAUUUAUUACAGAAGAAGUGGCUUCAGUAUUCACGCUUCAUAUCUCAAAACCGAGUGGACAAAUAUUUAUUCAGUCAUGAGAAACGGCAAUAGUACAUUUUCUCUGGUAGAAGAACACCAUAAUUGA